GGCCGUAAAUCGGGGCGUGCGCGGCGCGCGGGGCCUGCGGUGAGCGGUGUCGUUCUGCUGCGCGGUGCAUUGUGGGUGCGGCUGAGGAAGUAAAAUGGCGGACCUGGCGAACGAAGAAAAACCUGCCAUUGCCCCACCUGUCUUUGUAUUUCAGAAGGAUAAAGCACAGAAGUCCCCUGCAGAGCAAAAAGCUUUGUCGGAUUCAGGCGAGGACCCCCAGGGAGAGGUUGAGCCCCCCUACCAUGGUCUGGGUCACACAGAACCAGCUGGUGAGUGCGACUCUGAGCACCCUGCUCCUGCUGUGGUCUCAGUCAGUGCUACCCUGAGUCCUGCUUCUGAAGCGCAGCUUGCUCCUAUUCAACAAGAACUGGCAGGGAGAUCUGCAGAUGGAUCAAGUCCAGAAGAUGGAGAUGAAUCUGAUCGUGAGGAUGGAAGCUACUGCCCACCUGUAAAACGUGAGAGAACUUCAUCUUUGACUCAGUUCCCUCCUUCUCAGUCAGUAACAAAGAAUAAUGUCUUUAUGCCAUCAAGCUUUUGUGAACCCUCUGUGGGCAAUUCUGACUCAGAACCAGAGGAAAAGAGCAGUGGAUUCCGGCUGAAGCCACCAAUACUUAUACAUGGUCAGGCGCCUAGUGCAGGUCUCCCUAGCCAGAAACCGAAGGAACAGCAGCGAAGUGUGCUCCGUCCAGCAGUACUACAGGCACCGCAGCCAAAAGCUUUCUCACAGAUGGUUCUCAGCAGUGGCACCAAUGGUGUAAAUAUCCCUCCAGAUUCUGCAGCCACAUCACAAUCACUAAGUGAUGCAACAUUGAAAAGUUCAGACUCUGAAGACAAGGCAGCAGAAUGUCAGCAAAAGGAGUCCAACAAUACUUCAGAUGAUGACAGCUCUGAGAAGGCUGAACUAAAUGCACAGCAAGCAUUUGUUUUUGGGCAAAAUUUACGAGAUAGAGUUAAGCUAGGAGAUGAAAGCAAUGAAACUGCUGAUGUGCAGAAUGCUGGCCUUCUGACAUCAGAUAUACCCUCUGCGACAAAUUAUUUUCUACAGUACAUCAGUUCCAGUGUAGAGAACUCUACAAACAGUGCAGAUGCGUCUAGCAACAAGUUUGUUUUUGGACAGAACAUGAGUGAGCGAGUCCUAAGUCCACCAAAAUCAAAUGAAGGUAGUACAGAGGGUAAUAAGGAGAAUGCUGCUACAGAGUCUGGGUCUGAAUCGUCUUCUCAGGAGGCCACACCAGAAAAAGCUAAUAAUAUUUCAGAAUCACUGGCAGAGUCUGCAGCAGCCUAUACUAAAGCAACAGCAAGGAAGUGUUUAUUAGCGAAGGUAGAAGUGAUUACUGGGGAGGAAGCUGAAAGUAACGUGUUACAGAUUCAGUGCAAGCUGUUUGUAUUUGAUAAAAGCUCUCAGUCUUGGGUGGAAAGAGGUCGAGGACUCCUGAGACUCAAUGAUAUGGCUUCAACAGAUGAUGGAACAUUACAGUCUCGACUGGUGAUGAGGACUCAGGGGAGUCUCAGGUUAAUCUUAAAUACGAAGCUCUGGGCUCAGAUGCAGAUCGAUAAAGCCAGUGAGAAGAGUAUCCGUAUCACCGCCAUGGAUACAGAGGACCAAGGAGUUAAAGUUUUUCUUAUAUCAGCAAGCUCUAAAGAUACAGGGCAAUUGUAUGCUGCAUUGCACCAUCGGAUCUUGGCCUUGCGCAGUAGAGUGGAACAAGAGCAAGAAGUCAAGAAUGUAGCACCUGAGCCAGAGGUAACACAGUCAAAUGAGGAAGACAGUGAUGAUGAUGAUGUCAUUGCACCUUCAGGAUCAGUUGGAAGUGGUCCUAAUGAUGAAGGUGAUGGGCAGAACAUUGGCAGCACAUAGCAGAUGUGAGCUGAUCUGCUUGCAAGGCUGCUAUAAACACCAUCUUGCAGGCAUCUCUGGAUACCCCAGGCCAGCGAUUAUUUCAGGCAGUUUUGAAAGCUCCAGGACCUAAGAACUGUGCAUCUCUGUUCUAUUCAUUUGGGUUUUUGGUCUGGAUCAGUAGAUUCCACACAAAAAAUAGCAGACUUGGAAACUACCUGAAUGUGGUUUGGGACGUUGAAAGCUCAUCAUAUUGAUGAGCAAAAACAACAACAACAAAAAAAAAUCCAACCCCAAAACAACAAAAACACAAAAUGCAACCACCCUCAACCAUUUCCCCUCUUCCUUGUAAUUAAAAUGGCACAUUACAGCUUGUUACAGCUUUUCAUUGGGACCUUUUGUCUGUUUCUUCAGUAGUUCAUGUCUUGCAGGUCUCCAAGAUAGAACUUUUCAAUGUGGUUCCAAAUUGAAUUCUGCUUUUAUAACCCCUACUCCCCUUUACGCAGGGAAACUCAGUCCUCACCAGCUCCUAUGCUCACUGGCUGCCCUUUUGGGUUCCUUUAUUUUUUUUGGAUUGUAGAUGGGGCAGGUUAUGUUUUUACCUUUUAAUCCCAACAUGGGUUGUGGAUGUGGACACCAUUGUUUGCUGUCUAGUGGAUUUGUAAACAGAAAGCAACAAAACAUUGUGGUUCACCAGAAAAGCUUUUUUAAUGCGAUAAGAGACUUUAAAGUCUGCAGGACGUUUUGCUAACUCCGUUUUUCUUUCCACUUCAUUAUUAUCUUUUGGGGAUUUAUAUUGUGGUGAGACUUUUUUAUUUUAGUUUUUCAAUAAGAUGCUCUCGUGUGUUGAAAAAGUGAAACUAUUGUUUUGUACUGUUCUGUUACUAUUUAAGGGAGAGCUAAGCCACUAUAUAUAAUAGAUGUUGCAUACAUUUUUUCUUAGAAAAUUUUGUUUCUGUGGCUACAGUAAAGUGCAGGAGGCAUACAGGUUAGACCUUCAGAAAAGUUAAUGACAAAACAGCUGUUAGCCCUUGGAAGAAUAAUAGGCUCAUGUAAUGAGCGCUGCCACCCAUUAAAAUAAAUCUAUAUAAUAAAGCAGCUCUCAUUUAAUGGCUUGAUUCAACAAGCCAUUUAAGCACUUGCGUGACUUAACUGUAUGUGAAUAAUCUUACUGAAGUCAAUGCAACUCUUCAUGCUUAAACUUGAGGACAUUUUUUUUAAAUCUUGUUGAAUUAAUGGCCUUAAAUAGAAAAUUUAACUUCUAAACCCUUCCUCUCCUUGUUCCAUUUUCUGAAGUCUUGCAGCAUGAAGAAAAAGGUAAUACUGCCAGCCUUGAGUAGUUUGGGCUGAAGGUUAUUGUAUUCUGUUCCACCACAAAUAAAAGCAAAAAUGUGGUUUUUUGUGUGUAAUUCUGAAGUACUCCUACUGUAACCAUAAUUUUUUUUUCUUUUUUUUUUUUUUCCCUUUGGAUAUUUUUUAAUCAUUUGAGCCUUUUGUGUGAAAGUUGAGUUUUAUUUUCUUACUGGAACAUAUAGUAUGUUCUUGUCCAGCAAGUUUGGAAUUUGGUAGUCACCAGGUCACUUUCACUUUAAUUCCCCAAAUUCUUCUAUUUCCUUUAUAGUUUGCUGAUAGAUGAUUUCUUACUUGCAUGCUUGCUCUUUUGUAGGUUAAGGAUCUAAAAUGCAUCACCUAAAAGAAAAUGAAAGGGAAAGAAGCAUUUGAUGUAGGAUGAAUUGAAAACGGAAACCCAGGUUAUAACACAAAGUCAACUUUGAAAUUUGGUAUUCAAAUAGCAAAACAGUCCAUACUGCCUCUUAUUUUAAUGGAACACACUUUUCACUGGCAGUCAAGAACAAGUCUUCCCCCGUUUUCUGUUGUUAAUCAUCACUGAAGACUGAUGCUCUUGUGGCAGAGGGUGCUUUCCCUUUUCCUGAUAGCCAGUUGAAGGAACAUCUGUGAUUACUUUUCUGGCAAUUGAAAAGGGCUAAUGAUAAGCUGUGCCACUGCAUCUUGAUCUCUCUGGAUUGUCUGCUCAUGCCUUCUUGCAUUUUGGUUUUCUUUUUUCCUCCUUAGGGUUAUGGCGGUUCUUACCAAUGAACAGACCUGUUGCUGCACCCCCUACUCUUGCCAUGCUUCAACAGGAACAUGGCAGAUUCCUUAGUAUCCACCACACAAUUGUUUCUGCAUCACAAGGUCUGGGGACUUUCAAGUAAGUGAUCUGCAUUUUGGAUCUGGGAUCUUUUACAUUGUUGAGAUACUCAGAUUUAAACUACUCUUUUCAAAAACUCUUGCUCCAUAAAGCUGUUUCUUGUUAACAGCUUGUUCAUAAGGAAAAUUAAUAUGGUGUCUUAGCCCGCACAGUCUACUUCUGUGAAAACAGGCAUUAUUUCCUGGACCAGCCUCUAUGGUGCCCAUGCUGAGUCUCACUUUGAAGUGUUUUACCUAAAAUGCAAUUGAUGGUGCAUGAAGAUUCAGAAAUAUUGAGUAAGCAUGCUUGCUUUGGGGCUUGAUGGUACACAAUAACAUACAGCUUUCUAAAAUAUCGGCAACUAUUUACUGAUGUGGAUUUUAUUUUUAGCUAGAAGCUUUGCAUAAAUGUUUAUAGUGAGGGCAGAAAUGUUGCUGUGCAUCCUGACAGAAUUGGCAAUGGGUUGAGUUCAGGCCCUGCCCAGCAAGAGACAGUUAGCCAAAGCAAAACCCUGACUUAGCUCUCUGCUUAACCCUUAGUAAGCUAGUGACAGGCAAAAUCAGAUAAUGCCCAUGUGUCUUGAAAGAUAUAUGUAAGACUGUCAUAUCAAAAUGUACAUGGGAAUUACAUUAAAACCUGUGCCGGCAAGCAAGCAAACAAAACACCUUGAGCCCUGCAUUGUGUUUCCUGUACCGAGCAGUGGCUGUUCGUGGAGAGGGUAAUGGUGACCAGCUCUGCUGCCUUACAGCAGUCUUCCUGUUGAUCAUGCUUGUGCUCCAUCUUUUCCCUUAGGCCUCUUGUUCACUUUUGUGUGGUGUUGACAACUCCUGUAUAUCCUGUUGGCUGCUGACUCAUACAGGCACAGCCUUUCAUGUUUCCAAGUGGAAAAAAAAUACUGAAGAGUGUAGUAAAGUUGAACAUACUUGCUGAUGACUCAACAGUGUACUCUGGCAACCAGAAGGGCCAGCCAUGUGCCCCUGAUGGGGGGCAUCAGGCCAACUGGGUGAGGGAGGGGAUUGUGUCUCUCUGCUCUGCACUGGGGCAGCUUCAUCUUGAGUUUUAGGGGCAGUUUUGGGCACCACAGUAUAAAAAAGAAAUUAAGCUAAUAGAGGAGUGUCCAAAGAAAGGCCACAAGGAUGGGGAAGGGUCUAGAGGGGAAGUUGAAUGAAGAGCUGCUGAGGGCACUUGGUUUGUUCAGCCUGGAGAAGAGGAGACUAAGGGGAGAUCUCAGUGCAGUCUUCAGCCUCCUCAUGAUGGGACGUUAGGGGCAGGUCUGUACACUCUCAUGAUCAAUGAGAGAGCUUGAGGAAACAGCACGGAGCUGCGUCAGGUGAGGUUUAGCUUGGAUAUCAGGAAGAUUUUCACCCAGAGGGUGAUUUUAGAAUUGAGAUGGGCUCCUCAGGGCAGUGGUCACAGCACCAAACCUGAAUUCAAGAAGCAUUUGGACAGUGCUCUCAGUCAUAGGGUGGGGUGCCCUGUGCAGGGCCAGGAGCUGGAUUUGAUAAUCCUGCUGGGUCCCUUCCAACUCAUCAAGCUCUAUGAUUCCAUGAAAAUGUUGUUAGAAUUGUGAUGUCACUGAAACCAGAACUAAGUUUCGUAUCCAUAAAAUGAAAAAAAAUGGCACCCACACGAAACACAAACAUUAAGGUAAGAGAAUGUUGUCAUUACAACAUCUUUUUGUAGUCCAGUUCCCAGUGCAUUGCUUUAGAGAAGACAGGGCAGGAAAUGAUUUAAUGAAUAAAUGAGUCCUCAGCCAUUCUGCAUGAGAACUAGGGUGGGAGGUGACCAGAUUGUUAGAAGCCUGUAGGAAUAAAAAAUGUCCAGCUUUGUAAUGGCUUCUCUCUGUUCUCUGAAAAUCAAUUGAUGCCAUUGCUUGGGUAUUACUGCUAUUAAAUGACUGCUCCCAACACAUCCCAUUCUGCAGUUGAACUGGUCUCUUGCUCUCCCAGUGAGUGUAGAAAAUGGUUUAUUUACUUUCUAGACACAUGUUAUAUAUUUCAAAAUUUACCAUGUUUCCCACAAUCUUCUCUAGUUUUAGGAAUUCCAGUUAUGAUAAUUGCUGUAAUUUGUCAUACAAGAUUUUAUUAAACUGACUUUUCACUGUG